AUGGAGGCCUACCUGCCCCAAGCGAGUAGGGAGGCUCUCGCCCGGCUUCUACCAUCCCAGGCGUCGACCGCCCGUUUAGCCGAGGUGCAGGCCUACCUGACUCGAGAUGUUGCUGUACGUGCGGGCCUCGCCGUGGCCGCCAUCUACAUGGUCUAUCUGUCUGGUCUGGUCAUCUACCGCCUUUACUUUUCUCCCCUGGCCAAGUUUCCCGGUCCCAGAAUCGCCGCCGUGACAGGCUACUACGAGCUCUACUACGAUGUCAUCCACAAGGGACAAUACAUCUUUCAGAUUGAGAAGAUGCACGACAAAUAUGGCCCCAUCGUCCGAGUCAACCCGUUUGAACUCUCCAUCCGCGACUCGGACUACUACGACGAGCUGUACGUCAUGGGCAACAUCCGCAAAACAGACCGGUACGAGGGCUUCGUCAGCGGCGUCGUCGAUUUUGAGGGCUCCCACCUCGCCACAAUCGCCCACGACCUGCACCGCAAGCGCAGAAAGCCCCUGGACGUGUACUUCUCCCGCCAGGGGGUGACCCGGGUCGAGCCCAUGGUCGCCGAUCUGACCGCGAGGCUGGUCGUGGACCGGCUGGAGAGCUUCAAGGGGACGGGCAAGGUCGUGCGCCUGGACCACGCGUUUACGGCGUUCUCGGGCGAUGUCAUUAACCGCAUCUGUGUGGAUAAGCCGAGCGAGACGUAUAUCGACGACGACGAGUUCUCGCCCUGGUGGUUUGAUCUGUUCCAUAUUGGGGCCGUCUCGUUGCCGCUGUUUAUGGGGCUGCCCUGGUUGAUUCAUCUCAUUCGGCUCCUCCCAGUGGGCAUCGUCUCCACCAUCAACUCGAGCGCUGGAAGCUUCAACAAGUUCAAAAUCAUGUGCGACGAACACCUCACCGAAGCAAAGCGCGAAAAAUCCUAUACCUCCAAAACCCAACCGGCCUCGGGCCGCCUGACGCUCUUCCGCCACCUCGUCGACAGCGACCUGCCCGCCUCCGAACUCACCGACAGCCGCCUCUCACGCGAGGCCCAGGUCCUCAUCGGCUCCGGCACGAUGACCACGGCGGGGACAAUGGGCUUCCUGUGCUACUACAUCAUGUCGAACCCGGCGAUCCGCCAGCGGCUCGCGGACGAACUGGGGCCCGUCAUGAAGGACUAUCCGCGCACGAAACCAACCUGGGCGGAGCUCGAGAAGCUGCCGUAUUUCCAGGCGGUUAUCAAAGAGGGGUUGAGACUCAGCUACGGCACCAUGCACCGCCGCCCGCGCGUCUCGCCCACGCAGCCCCUCCUCUUCAAGGACUGGGUCAUCCCCGCCGGCGUCCCCGUCGGCAUGUCCGCCUACUUCCAGCACCGCGACCCCAACGUCUACCCGCGGCCCAUGGAGUUCCUCCCCGAACGCUGGCUGGGCGAGGUCACCCCGGCCAUGUACAAGAACUAUAUCCCGUUUUCCAAGGGAUCCAGGCAUUGUCUGGGGAUGAACCUCGCCUACUGCGAACUAAACCUCAUCAUCGCGGCCCUGUUCCGCCCCGGCGCCCCGAAAUUCGACCUGUACGGGACGGACGAGUCGGAUGUGCGCCCCGCGCACGAUCUCAUCGUCCCGAUGCCCAGAUUGGAUUCGUUGGGUGUUCGCGUUGUGUACCAUUGA